AUUGGUGGCGGAUCGGAGGCUGCUUUUUAGAUAGAUUUCACUCCGCGCGGAAAGAUUUGUGUGAGUAAUUCGGCACUGUCAGUGCGGAUGGCGAGGGACAUGAUCGGGCCGGCGCUCCCGCCCGGCUUCAACGCUCGCGGGACAGCGGAGGACGAGGAGAGGGACCCGAGCCCAGUUGCAGGACCAGCUUUGCCCCCUAACUAUAAAAGCAGUAGUUCGGAUUCAUCAGACAGCGAUGAGGACAGUAGUUCUUUGUAUGAAGAAGGAAAUCAGGAGUCUGAAGAAGAUGACACUGGUCCAACUGCAAGAAAACAGAGGAGAAGUCAGGAUGAUGACGACGAUGACGAUGAUGGGUUUUUUGGACCAGCCCUUCCUCCUGGAUUUAAAAAGCAGGAUGAUUCUCCUCCAAGGCCAAUAAUAGGUCCUGCAUUACCACCUGGUUUUAUUAAAUCUACACAGAAAAGUGACAAAGGCAGAGAUGAUCCAGGACAACAAGUAUCAUACUUCAACUCUGAGGAAACAGAUAGCAGUGAAGAUGAUGAGGACAUUGUUGGACCAAUGCCUGCAAAAGGACCAGUUAACUACAGUGUAACAACAGAGUUUGAAAAAAGGGCCCAGAGAAUGAAAGAAAAGCUGACUAGAGGAGAUGAUGAUUCACCUAAACCAAUUACAAGGGAGUCAUGGAUGACUGAGCUUCCUCCAGAAAUGAAAGACUUUGGUCUUGGGCCAAGAACAUUUAAGAGAAGAGCUGAUGACAAAUCUGGAGAUCGAUCGAUUUGGACAGAUACUCCAGCUGACAGAGAAAGGAAAGCUAAAGAAACACAAGAAGCAAGGAAGUCAUUCAGUAAGAAGGACGAAGAACAUGUAUUGUCAGGAAGGGAUAAGAGAUUGGCAGAGCAGGUAUCCUCAUACAAUGACUCAAAAAGAACAGAAUCUCUUAUGGACAUACAUCAUAAAAAAUUAAAGAAUAAAGCUGCUGAAGAUAAAAAUAAGCCCCAAGAGAGAAUACCAUUUGACCGUGAUAAGGAUCUCAAGGUUAAUCUGUUUGAUGAAGCUCAGAAAAAAGCUCUAAUAAAGAAAUCUAGAGAACUGAACACCAGAUUUUCACAUGGCAAAGGCAGUAUGUUUUUAUAAGGGGAUUUCCCUGUGCAGUGAAGAAAAGUUGAAGAAUACUCUUGUUUGUCUGUCCACCUUUAUUCCUUUGUUUUGCCUUCUCACAAUUAGAGAUUGGUUUUUAUAAACAUACACACUUAACCUUGUUCGUUGUGUCCUUCAAGGUCAUGUGGAGACAUACAGUCAGUGUUUCUUAUGUGGAAUAGAAUCUAUGUCUUUGGCUUCUGAGGAAGCCUAGCUAUUUCUUCAAAUAAUUACUUGGGUUUUGUUUUUUGUUUGUUUGUUGUCUGAUUUUUGUGGUGUCUCUCAAGUACCCCCUAAGGUCUGGACAGGCCUGUCCGCUCAGUCUUUACCACAGCCUGGAGCCUCCUUGUCAGAUACCACUAACCUGUCCUGGAAUAAGUGAGUCAGAUGCUUACAGUAAAUCCAUGAAUUUUAAAUUAGUUUUUCCUUCUAAAUUACAGCUGGUGAAUACACAUCCGCUUAAAAAUGGAGGGUUUGGGAAUUUUGUCUGUUUUGUUUUGUUAUUAGUUUGUUUUGACACUCAGGGCUUUUUAUUUGUUGUUCGCUUUUUUGAUUUGUUGGUUUAUAACUCAGAAUGAGGGAUCUCUGUGUUAUGUGCUAAAGAAAAAAUAUUUUAAUUUUUCCAACUUUAAUAGGUAUUUCUAGGGGAGGUAGUCUAAGGAAUAAUCUAUAUGCCAUCAACCAUUAGCAGUGUUGAAGUCUCUUAGACUCAGUCUCUGUGAUCUGUAUGCCAUUAACCAUUAGCAGGGUGAAAUCUGCAAGACUCAGCCACUCUGAUCCCACCCAGAGCUGCCUGAAUCUUUCAACUUUGCUUUGGAUGGUCUUCAUUUACCCGUUUACAUUUAACAAUUUUUAGCUAGUUUAUUGGGGAUGGAUCUUUUAUAUCAGUCAUGAAUAGUCUUUUUAAAGAAGCAAACUAAUAAUCCCUUGAAUGCAAAAAUGUAGAUGGGAAAUCUGUAAUUAUAACCACCAUAUUAUCAGGAAGUUGUACUUUCUUGCAGGUUAAUUUCACUUGUUCUGUCUUCUAGUUUUGAUGAAACAAAAAGUUUUAAUGGAAAAAGAUUCUGAUUCCUAGUUCAUUUAAGCUUUAUGAAAAUUGAGUACAUUGUUAAGUGAAAUUAUGGUACAAAUUAUUCUUCUAAAAAUUACAGUACAGUGGUAUUUUCCAUAACAUCAGUGUAAACAGUUGCCCGCUAAAGGAAUAUUGCUAUUAAGAAGAUGAAUUAUUCCCCUAAACAAGUUGAAAAGUAUUCUUGUCUAAGCAGAACUGAACAGAGCAACCUUUUGAUUAAAUAUGUGAUAUUUAGUGGGUAAUAUUUUCUGAAAACAAAAGUUUUAUACAAGAGCAGCCAUUGCUUUCAUUUAAUUCUGUUAUGUUUUUCCCAAUGAAGGGAAGAAAUAUUUUGUAGUUCAUCAUCCUUAUGUAAAUUCCUAACAUAUUUUUGUGAAAAUUUGGUAUUAUUUAAUGUAAAAAUGUCAUCUUUGGAUACUUAUUUUUGCUUUGCUUUCCUUACCAUAAGGGGGCUGGGCGAUAUUUCUGUAUCAGGUAUUUGCUAGUUCUUCCCUCACCCUUGGAGUGUCCAUGACCUGAACAAAGGGGAGAGAAGCCUCUUGUUUCUGACUUGUACUUUCCAUGAGUUACUCCCAUACGGGCCCCUUGGAUCUUAUGCUCUUUUGUGCCACCCUGGAGAAGUUUUAACAAAAUGUAAGAUGAGUCUCAGAGGUUUUUGGCCCUUGCGGAAAGACUAAUCCCAAAAAACAACAUUGACGAAUAAAUGAACAAAGUGGGUUUGGAACUUGAAAGAAUGGAAGGGUGUUCUUCACUUCUCCUCUCCUCUUCCAAAGCCGCAGAAGGCCUCAUUAAACCAAAUCUCUCCUCCAUCUGGCAGAAAACUGGAUUAUUGCCAUUUUCUGAUAAGAGCUUGUAAUUUCGUGGCCAACUUUUAUAGACUGAACUCUUUAGAAAUUUAAAAAUGAAAAAGAAAAAGAAGGCAACACUUAAGGUCAUAAAGUGGAGUAGAUACUUUAACAUUUUUUUACUGUUGAAGGUGAGAUUUGAUUUGAGUUCAUGGUAUCUGAAAAUACUUGACUUUGUCCGGUUCUCUUAAUUGUCAUCUCAGACAGAUUUAGAUGCUUCAAAUUGUAACCACAUUAUAGGUCAGCAAAUGGUGGCUUUGGCAGGUGCGUUUCUGUUUUUAUUUGUUUGUUUUUUUGUGGGAGCAUUGUUUAUUUUUUUUAUUUUGUUUUGGACAAAAGGUGAAAGAAGGUGGCUGUAUGCAUAAUAAGAUUCUUACUAGGUAAAUCAUUUUUGUAUUUGGCAAAACAGACUAAAUUAAGGCCUGCCCUUAAAAAAAAGCCACAGUCUUACUAAGAGUUUUUAAUUUUGUUUGGAUGUAGUGGUCACUUGACCAUAAAAUAACAUUUAAUGGUUCUUUGACUUAAUGAUUUUAGAAUGAGGUUGAGCUUUACAGGGUACUGAGGCUUACAUGCUCCAGAAUAGAUUAGCAGUUCUUAUGUGAAUCAUUUCACCCCAAAACAUUAUGGCACUUUUCAGAAUUUAUUUAGGGUAGAUAAUAUUUAUAUUUUUAUUCAAAAAUGUAGUAUCGCAGGAAAUAAUUUUUAAACUAGCUAAAAAUGACCCUUAUUCCCUUUUUUACUUUUUCCAUGGUAAUGAUAAGUGUUGUUGGGAGAAAAAAAAUUUCUCUGCUGAAUUAUAUCCAAGAAGAAUUAACAUAAGAAUAGUAGUACCCAUGUAAUGUCAACAGCUGAGUCUUCUACUUUAAAUAUUAUUUUGCUUUUGUUUUUGAUGCCAUUGUGAGACUCAGGUCUGCAUUUGUAAAAGAUCGUGUGUUUCCUACUGUAGGAGAAGUAUUUGUUUUGCAACUUAAAAACUUAUUUAACUGUGAUAGUAACAUGUACAAAAUUUAAAAGCUAUACACUGCCCCUUCCAGUCUUUUUAUUUUGAACUUUACAAUUAAAAGACUGUUUUUAGAAAAGAGGAACUCCUGACAUGUGUUUUUUUUUUUUUAACUGUAUGAAUAAAGUUUUAUCUAUAUCUGAGAAGUUGUGGUCUUUUAUUUUUGUUGUGUUUGGUUUCAGUAUUGGCUCUUCUGAAGCAGGCAUUAUUGGUAAAGAGAAUAUUCUGUAAGGGUUUAUUCUGGCCAGCCAUAAUCAUUAUGGGCUAUUGUGGGGGAAAAAAAUCUUUUGCCCCAGCUCACUUAACCAGAUUUUCAGUAUCCCAAUAUAACUACGAAUGUUAACUAUUUAUUUAAUGAAAAUAGGAACACCAGACAAAUUGGAAGUGCUCUUAAAAGCAUGAUGAUGGCACACAGAGGGCUGGCUGGCACAGGGUUA